AAUACAUUUUACUCAGACUACACAUGUGAUCAAGUUUUCUUAUACAGUUCCAUCGGCCGUACAGUUGAUUUCAAACGAUGGCUUCCAACCUCGGAUUUGAUACUGAAAACAAUGAACAACAAAGAGCUACAAAGCGUGAAGCCCCAUCUAUACAAGUAAAUGACAUAGAAGUAGAAGCAAGAGGGCAGAGGAGGGAUAAUGAAGGGGCGGAACAAAAGACCGACUACGAGGAUGAAGCCUGGAGACUUCGUAAAUUGUUGAGGCUUUAUUUCUACGCAGCUUUCAAAUUAAAGGGAAGCACGUGUUACUUCCAUCUCAUCUACUGCGUUUUCUUUUUGAUACAGAUAAUUAAAGUUGCUCUUUUAACGACACAGAUGUUCCACUUUGGAAAUGAUCGGGGUAACUUCAGUUCAGUCGUCAACAGGGGGCACCUGACUCUUCGUCAUCUCCUUCUUGAACACUGGGACGCGAGUUGGGAAACUUUGCCAUAUCCCCCUGCACAUGGAGACUUUGCCGUGUAUACGAUAAGUCACCUUGAAAGUGGCAUUAACUUUGCUGUGCAAAACUACUAUAACGCCGAAAAAGAUGCAAUAGGAUACUACAUCAGAACAUCUGACGAUAAAAUGAUUGCAACAGUGAAAUACUUUGACUUUCCUGGUUUCCAAGAUGCACAUAUUGAAGAGGGAAUAAUCAUAUCAGACAAAACAUUUCCGAUCGACAAAGGACUGACAUCAGAAACAACGCCUGAAUAUGAGACGCUGUAUAGCUAUAACAUUACAAGAGAAUUUGAAUACUUAAAUUUGUCGCAGCCAAUUAAAAGAAUGUUGUCUACAACUCUGCAUUUCACGCUACAUUCUGUUCGCUCCCAUAUAGAUAAUAAGAAGGGUACAUGCCUGAAGAUAGAGGGAUGGGUAGAAUUUGUUGAUCUCGAUAAUAAUGGUCAGGUAUCGGUAGACCUUGAUACGCACACCAGAAGAAUCAAAUGUCGAGAUAUGAAUCUUUCUAUAUCAGACUGGCAGCUAGAAAAUACAUCAGAAGCAGCUGGAGCAGCUGUUAUUGUAUUCACCAUACUCUCGAUAAUUCUUACAACGUUAACAAUAGCCUUUGCAGCUUUUAGUUUAUGGAAAACGAAACAUUUUAUGAAGAAGCACUACAGAUCGUACUAUGGUGUGAUUGAUGAAGAUGAAGUUGAUCUACCCACAUCAGAGUACUUACGUUUUGUAAAAUUCUGGGAUAUAACCGUACUCUUUUCUGACGUUCUGACGUUGUACGGAACAAUUUGGAUAGUGUUUAAUACAGAGCACAGUGAAUGGGUUCUGGAAAUACUGGACUCUUACACAGUUUGGCUAGGAGUUGGCUGUAUUCUUGCGUGGCUUAGUCUUCUACGGUUUUUCAAAUUCCACAAUAAAUUCCAUCUAUUGUUUAGCACACUGUACAGAGCUUUCUGGGAUGUGAUGGCAUAUCUCAUAUGCGUUGGUGUCUUAUUCGUUGGAUUUUGGGUGUGUGGGUAUGUUGUAAUGGCUCCGUACCAUGUUAAGUUCAAAACGCCUGCAGCAGCUGCUGAAACGUUGUUUGCUGUUGUAAAUGGUGAUGAAAUAUAUGCCACAUUAGCUAUUCUGGAGUCUGACAAGAGCGGGGGUAACUGGGUGUGGUGGUUCUCUAGGUUCUACAUUGGAGCAUAUGUUGCUAUAUUCACCAUCGUGGUUAUCAACUUGCUGAUUGCACUGUUCAUGAGCGCUUAUGAAUCCAUUAAGUCGUACUACGAGGAUAAACCAGAUGAAAGAGAAUUAGGUCCAAUGGAAAAGGCUUUACGUCGUGUUCUGGAGCAAAAAACAGAGGGAACCAAUUUGCGAUCUUCCAUUUGUGAUUUGAUGAGUGAAGGAAGAUCACUCUCCAAAGAAGAAUCAUCACUAAGAAUGGAACUUGCAAAACUUGUUCGAGUUUCAAAAAGCAAGAAUGACGUGGUUCUCCUGAAGCCGAGGACAUUGAAAGCGUUUAUGGAAGACGAAGAUGGCAAAAGUAAAGAGAUAAAAUGCUGCUGUAUAACUUGUUCCUUCACUUUGUUCUCUGGACAUGGUCAAGCAUCUUCUGGACAAUAACAGUACUAUAGAAGCUGACAAUCGUGAGGUGAUAAAACUAUUGAACGAAGGUACAUUACAAUGUCAGCUGUUUAAAUGUUAUGACAAAUUCGAGAAUGCCAAGGAUAGAUAAAAGUACAAUGAGCUCAACCAAUGGCUGGUGUUCUGUUUACUUGUAUAGUUAAUCAAAAUAUUACUUCACAAUUUUCAAGACUGCAUUUGACAUUUUUCAUGUAAUUUUUCAUUUUCUUUAGAUAUUCAUAUAUGGUAAACUCUGCCAAAUAACGUACAUAUUGAAUAAAGCAUCGAAGGCAGGGUUAAUAUGUAAAAGAACACAAGAAAAAAAAUGUUGGUACUUUACUCGAUAUGUGCAUGAGAAGUCAGGGUUUAAACAUGCAUAAACACCAAAGCGAACAUUGAUUAAUUCCUUAUAAACACCAAAGCAAACAUUGAUUCAUUCCUUAUAAUGGUAAACUCUGCCAAAUAACGUACAUAUUGAAUAAAGCAUCGAAGGCAGGGUUAAUAUGUACAAGAACACAAGAAAAAAAAUGUUGGUACUUUACUCGAUAUGUGCAUGAGAAGUCAGGGUUUAAACAUGCAUAAACACCAAAGCAAACAUUGAUUCAUUCCUUAUAAUUCCAAGUUAACAUGUUUCCGAACCGAUCUUUAAUGAGUUUGCUCUCCACAUCAAAACUUUCCAAAAACAACCUUUCGUCAAAUUGUAAAUCGAAACCAUGUUUAUCGUAUAAGAAUUGAUUUAUUUAAGAAAGUGAGUGCUCAAUCUUACAUGUUUCAUUCAGAAAUAUGAAAGUUAUUGCCGCAUUUCGAAAACUACUGCCAUCUGUUUUAGUAAUGAUGUAACGCUGUAAUACGCGCUUGAAUACAAAAUGAUAAAAUGUGUCUCGGAUAAACCAACCAAAGUGUUUGAUUUGAUAAAUAUAAGAUUUAUUUAUUUUGAAAUACUUAUAAAGUGGUUAUUUAUAUAUGUUCAUCACUGCCGUGAUAUUUUAAAUGAGUGGUUACAAUUGCAAUUCCUGAAGGACAUAGUUAAAGCAAAUCUAAAUUCUAUUAUAAAACUUUGAGACAAUAUGUAAUAUAUGGAUCUGAUGAAAAAUCAUGAAAUUUAAGUCCCCUUGCAUUGUACUUUCAUGAAUAUCAUACAGCUAGCAGUAUAUGUAUAUGUAUGUAUUUUUUUGGAAAAAAAACUGCUUAUAAUACGUAAAUGUUUGGUGCUUUCAUUGCUUUAAUAAGAAGUAGUAACAAUGAAAAAAAAUGAUCACAUUUGAUUUAUUUAUAUAUGCUUCAGUACAUAUUAUUGCAUUUUUUUUGUAAUAUUUCAUUACGUGUUAUGUUCAUACAUUUCAUUUUUAGAUAUUGAUGGCAAAUAUUUUGUACAUGUACUCCCAUUUUAUUUGGUGUAUUUAAUUAUUAAACAAGAGUGCCAGAAUGUCACAAUAUACGCCCGUCACUGCAAAUUUCUUUACUCUAGCACCUGUAUUUGCAAAUGGAAUUUUAAUUUUGUGGUUGUUUAGUAAUCAUUGUAAGUCAUUUGUUUUUCUAAGUCCACAAAAAAUCCUUACCAGGUAGAGAUACCUUUAAAUAAACCUAAAAUUUGAAAGUAACAUCUAUGUUGUACCACAGAAAAGUGGUCUUGUUUUUUCCCUACGGUCAAUUAUAAAAAAGUUACAAUAUAAGUUAUUUAUAGUAACAACUAAGGGAAGAUAAUCUUAAAAAAAAAAAAAAAAUUGUAAGUCCACACAAAAACUUUUACCAGGUAGAGAUUGGUCAAAAUACACCUCAUAAUUGGAUGUAGCAUGCAUGUUGUACUACAGAAAAGUGGUCUCGAUUUUUCCCUACGACUAGUAAUGAAAAAGUUACAAUAUAAGCUAUUUAUAGUAACAACAAAGGGAAGUAAUUCUAAAGAAGGGAACUACGCAUGACACUUUGUCUCAUGAUGGUGUAUAAUUGUGCCAAGUUACAUCAAAAUCCCUCCAUGCAUGAAGAAGGAAUGCUUCGGACAAAGUCAUUCUUGUAUCUGACCUUUGGUCUCUAAGUGUGACCUUGAUCUUUGACCUAGGGACCUGAUUCUUGCGCAUGACACUCCGCCUCGUAGUGGUGAACAUUUGUGCAAAGUUAUAUCAAAAUCCCUCUAUGCAUGAAGAAGAAAUGCUCCGGACAAGGUUUUUAUUCUUGUAUCCUUUGACCUCUAAUACGCGCUUGACCUUGACCUUAGACCUAGGGACCUGGUUCUUGCGCAUGACACUCCGCCUCGUGGUGGUGAACAUUAUUGCCAAGUUAUAUCAAAAUAUCUCCAUGCAUGAAGAAGAUAUGCUCCGGACAAAGUUUUCUUUCUUGUAUCCUUUGACCUCUAAGUGUGACUUUGACCUUAGACCUGGUUCUUGCGCAUGACAUUUCGUCUCAUGAUGAUGAACAAUUGUGCCAACUUUCAUCAAAAUCCCUCCAUGCAUGAAGAAGAUAUGCUCCGGACAAAGUCAUUCUUGAAUUUGACCUUUGACCUCUAAGUGUGACCUUGACCUUAGACCUAGGGACCUGGUUUUUGCGCAUGACACUCCGUCUCAUGAUGGUGAACAACUUUGCCAAGUUUCAUCAAAAUCCCUUCAUGCAUGUAGAAGAUAUGCUCCGGACAAAGUCUGCGGACGCCGCCCGCCCGCCAUCACGCCCGCCAGGGGCGUUCCCAUAAUACGUCCCGUUUUUUCAAACGGGCGUAUAAAAACAAAAGCUCUCUGUCCAACUUCGAUAAGUAGCAUUUAAUUUUUGAUCUGUUACUAUACUAUUUAUUUUUAACAUUAAAUGGUUUAUUUAAUUAUAAAAAAACAAAAGCUCUCUGCCCAACUUCGAUAAGUAGCAUUUAAUUUUUGAUCUGUUAUUAUACUAUUGAUUUUUAACAUUUAUCGACUGGUCUGAAUUCAUCUUAUUAUAAAAUAUCUUAUACAAUUUAACAAUUUCAGACAUGAUAUUAAAUGUAACUACUUAUGUAGAAUAAAUAUAAUACAAAACUGA